AUGUUCAAUAAAAUAAAUAAAUUGCCAGAACUUCAUUCAAUUUGGUUGGAUGACGAUAAAGAUGUUGAGAAACUGUAUGGUUUGCAAAAUCAACAAUGUUUAGACAUCGCUGACUUGAAAACAAGUCACUUGAACCACUCAAUGCAUUCAUUAACUGAAUCUGCAAAAGUUAAGGAAUCUAGUGAAAAAUAUGCACAGGAUAAAUUCAGUAGUUCUGAUAGCACAGUCUUCGACCAUACAAAAGCUACAAAAUAUAAUAUUAAAGUCAUAAACAGUGAUGAGCUGUGUUUACCAAAUAAAAAUAAUAUUAUUUUGCCAAAGAGGGGAAGUAAAACUACUACGCUUGCUGAAACAUCAGUUUCUCCAUCCACUUCCAUGUCCAGAUCUUCCUCUUUCAGGAGAUCUAUCUCGAUGAAAUCAAUUAAUAUAUUUAGAUCUCAGAGUUAUGAUGGCGAAAAAAAACAAACUAAUUCAAAAGCAACUUCGAACACAAGUAGCAUACGCAAUUCAGAGGCAGUAAGCAAAGAAAUUAAAGCAGCAAGAAGAAUAUCGGUACCUUAUGAUUUCAAACAUAUAUCACAUGCUGAUGUGAAAGCAAUGGAUAAUGACUCAACUUCAGGAAAGGCUGCAGGUAACGAAAUUCCAAAAAUCCCAGAAACAACAUCCUCCAAGAACCUUGCUAAUGCUCCUGAGAGGUUUAGUUGUGCGUUUGUCACCGAAUCUAUCCCUGACUAUCAAUUCAGAUUGUCAAGAGAUGAUAGUUUUUAUAACGAAAGACCAAAGGCUAUUAAAAAUUUAGAAUCGAUUAAAAUUAAACGUGUUUCUUCAGCACAAACAUUCAAAAUGGUCAAUGAGUCUUUAUCUUCGGAGUAUCAUUUAUCUGCUAUGCAAAUGGGUCGUUCUCAUUCGGCCAAAUCUAGUGAUGCUGGUUUAUCCAUCUAUUCAGGUUCAAGUAUAGAUCAAAGCAGAUCGAUGAGAAGAUCUUUCUCAACACCACCAAAGGUGACACCUUAUAAUUCGCCGCGUCAUAUGAAGCUUAACUCUUUGUCGAAUUUCGAGUAUCCAACCAUUUUAGAGGAUCAAUCGACAGAUUACGAGCGAUCUUCUGUCUCAACUAAAGACACAGCCGAAUCUUUGAAAACACCAACAAUAGCAAGUAAAUUAUUCCAAAUAAGUGCUACUGAAUCUAUAGAUGGUUCGAAAACAACCAUGUCUCCAAGUUAUACAAUUGAAGCUAGAAAAGAAGAACAUUACACACCGUUGUACUUAUAA